AUGGAAGGGGGAUGGUGGCGGCUUUUUUUGUCCAAACUUACAUCUGGUACAGGGCAAAAGAACAAUAUUACAAUUACUAAUGACAAGGGAAGACCUUCAAAGGAUAAGAUUGAGAAGAUGGUUCAGGAAGCUGGGAAGUAUGAGUCUAGAGAUGAGGAGCCCAAGAAGAAGUUGGAGGUGAAGAAUGCUUUAGUGAAUUAUAUGUAUAACAUGAGGAACACAGCGAAAGAUGAGAAGCUUGGUGAGAAGUUGACUCCGGUUGAUAAGAAGAUUGAGGAUGCGAUUGAUGAGGUGAUUGUGUGGUUAUAUACAAAUCAGUUGGCUGAGAGGGAUGAGUUUAAGGAUAAGAUGAAGGAGCUUUUUCCCAUUUUGAAGCUUUUAGGUUAGAGGGAGAUAGAGAGAAAGAGAGGAGUAGAGAGAGAGGUGAGAUUGAAUUAAUAAAUGUAGGAGGCGCUGGAGGUGGGUGAAGGCGGAGGCCCUAGGGCUUCUUGUUGCUAAUUCAAAGAUAAACAUUGAUGGUAGAAGGUGGAGGCAUCAAUAGAGGG